GGCUCACUUUCUCUCACGUCUCCCAGCGUUCGACAAUGUCGCGCGAAUUCCUACUGCUUUUUAUGUAGUCAAAGUUGUCUUCCUGGUUGUGAUGUUAUGCGAUUUGAGGCCAAGCUGCUGAGUGUCUUGGAAGCUCAGGUUUUGUCGUGAUCUUUGAUAUCUUUUUAAUCUUGCAAGGGCGUGGAACCUAGCGCGCGGCAUGUAGUGUGUACUGCUGCUUGUUUCUGGGUGGUCUUUGUCUUGUUUUUUUUGUUUCUGUAAUUUGAAGGGCUUGUUGAUUGAUUUAUUGGGAAGUAUUCUGUUUAUUUUGGUUUCGCGAAUGUGAGUAAAAGGUCGUAGAGUUUGCAAUUGCGAACAUUGUCAAGGCCUGCUGGAAAGUUCAAUCAGUCACCACGAAAUUUGCGAUCAUAUGUAGGAAUUUCAACAUACCUGAGCUUCGAAGUGAGGAAUAUAUAGAAGCGAGGUGUAAGAGAACAGCAUCUCAAGGGUUAGAGGGUUUGUAGGUUGCUACUAAUGGCACCGUCGGUCAUUCAAAAGCAAGAUUCCUCCAAUACUUGUGUGCGAGGAUGUUGUAGCAGCGAUUACCUGCCUCUGGCAAUUCCCAAGUCCGACAUCCAAAUCGUCUCCGAGAUUGCGCGUGGGGCUGAAAGUGUAGUAUAUGAAGCCCGAUUUCAAGGCAAAACUGUAGCGGCGAAAAAGCCACGUUUAUCUACGACAAAUGACAUGGAUCGGUUCCACACAGAACUGCAGGUGUUGAGUAAUUUGAAGCAUCCAAACAUAGCUACGUUGAUUGGUGCACGUGCUCAUCCACCCGAUUACUACUUCUUGUAUGAUUUUUAUGAGCAUGGGAAUCUGGGAAAUGCGCUUCACGUAUCUGAGUGGCGACCCACUUUGCACCAAGUUUUGUCCAUUGCAACACAAUUAGCGAAGGCCCUGCAAUAUUUGCACAAGGAGGGUAUUGUGCACCGAGAUGUGAAGCCUGCAAAUAUUCUGCUUGACAGCAAGUGGGAUGCAUAUUUAGCAGACUUUGGGCUUGCUGCAAAGGUUGCAGACCUUUCAAAGCAUAGCAUAGAGAACUGGAAAUCCUCAGGGAAGCCCACUGGCGGAUUUCAUAAAAAGAAUAUGGUUGGUACCCUCUUAUAUAUGGCUCCAGAAGUCCUCAGGAAAGAUGUGCAAUCAGAGAAAUCUGAUGUGUAUGGAUACGGCAUCACUCUCAAUGAACUUAUUACAGGCGUUGUGCCAUACACUGAUCGGAAGACUGCAGCGCAGGCACAUACGGUACUGGAAAUGAAUUACUCGGAGCAACAACUUUCUGCGGCUGUAACUUCUCAAGGGUUGAGACCAGUACUUGCAGGUCCAGAGUCUGGAACUCCGUCAGCGUUGUCUUCCUUAAUUGAAAUAUGUUGGCAUGGCGACCUUGCAAAGCGUCCAUCUUUUGACUAUAUAGUGGAGUCUUUGGAUAUGAUCACUGCAAAGCUAUUCUCUGAGAAGAAAUCGGUUGAAAAAUCUACUGGGGAAGUAGAUGUUGCUACUACUCUAUCCAAUGGUGAGAGCAAUGGAUUGGAGUCGGUUUUGAAUUAUACCCAGCAAAAAAGAACGGAUGUAGACUGGGCCUCUCGGGCCGUUGAAGGGUUGAGCUCGAGUGUCCCAGAGCAAUCAUCCUCAUCUCUUGGUUGGCUUAACCAAACAACCGAUAAUGCAAGCUAUCUUCCGGUACUCUCCGUGGGAUCAUUCUCAACAAAAGGUGCAAGGCAAACAAUGGAGGACACAAACUUCUUGAAGUUUCAACUCGGAGGAGCUCUUAAUGUUCAUGCUUUUGGUGUCUUUGAUGGGCAUAGAGGGCCUGAGGCCGCAGAAUUCGCAGCUAUCGCAAUGCCCCAGCUUUUGGUAUCAAAGGCUUCAACUUUCAGCCCGCAGGACGCUUUGUCUAGUGCAUUCAUUGAAAUAGAUGUGGCUUUCCGCCGAGAGUUAGACGGCCAACGCCAACGGAGGAAAGGCGGUGGCUUCGAUUGGCACCCUGGGUGUACUGCUGCCACUGCGCUUCUUGUAAAAGAUACACUAUACGUUGCCAACGCUGGAGAUUGUCGAACUAUUUUAUGCAGAAAUGGAAAAGCUAUUCCUCUUAGCAUGGAUCAUACAGCGAGCUGCAGCAGUGAGCGUGAACGAGUAAUUAAAGCUGGUGGGUCUGUCAGUUGGAGAGUGAAUACGUGGAGGGUUGGUUCAGCUGCUAUUGAGGUCACGCGAUCAAUCGGAGAUGAUGAUCUGAAACCGUAUGUUACUGCGGAACCGGAAGUAGCUGUAUGCAAAUUGAGUGGCGAUGAUGAGUUUCUGGUACUCGCAAGUGACGGGUUGUGGGAGACAAUGCCAAACGACGACGUCGUUGCUAUUAUCAAAGAUACUGUGAAGGAGCCGAGCAUGGUUUCCAAGAGAUUAGCAACGGAGGCUGUGGAACGUGGCAGUCGUGAUAACAUCACGGUAAUUGUUGUAUUCCUCAAGCCUGUUUCAACAGUAGAGCGUGUAUACUAAAAGGAAUUUUGGAUAGCAUAUUCCAAUGUUUUCUUUGCGUCUCCCCAUUCCCUACUCAUGAUUCAGAGCUGAAACAUGAAAGGACGGCCACAUAGAUUGGAAAAAAUCAGAAUAGGAGAUCACCUCAUGGAAAUCCUGCGGCAUUGGGCAGGUUUUUUAAAUUGUUCUGCAUUCUUUUAAAUGAAGGGAGACUCUCAGUUUCUCCUCUUCGUUGAUUCAUGAA